AUGCAUUGGGCGCGGAGAAGCGCCCGGCCCCGUGCCGGCCUUGGCCGCGGCCUUGGCCACGUCAGCGGAGCCGGGAGCCCGACGGAGCGACGCGUGGGGCCGCGGGGUGAAGGGCAGAGCGGUGGCGGCCGCGGUGCCGUUAUCUCCCAGACACAGCCGAACUCGGCGGUCCCCGGAGCGCUCGCGGUUGGCCGUGCCGCGGCGCGGGGCUGCGAGCACAGCCUGGGCACAGGUGCCGGGUGCACGUGGAGAGCUCAGGGGACACGCGGCUCCCCCCGGGCCUGUCGCGGGGCUGGGCCCCCCCACCCGCUCGGUGACCCCGCGGGCGCCGCGUGGCAGCCGCGGGACCUUCGUGACAUCGAGGGCGGCGCGGGGCCGCCGCGGCACUGCGGGUUCUGCCCCUCGUGUGCCACCGCGGAGCCCCGAUGUGGGGCGGCGAAGCCCCGCGCGGUGCCCCCCCCCCCCCCGCCUCCCGCAGUCCCGGCCCCGCGCGGGGCGCCGCGCUCACAGAGGUGCGCCACGCGGGAGGGCUCCCACGCUCCGGGCGGGGCGGGGCGGGGCCGGGCGCGGCGCGGACCAAUCAGCGCUCGGAGCGCCGGCGGCGGCGCGGGCUUAAAGGCGGCGGCGGCGGCGGGGGGCGCGCGCGGGAUGUGGGCGCGCGCGGUGUUGGCGGGAGCGGCGCUGCUGGCCGCGUGCGCGCGUGCCUGGCCCGGCGGAGCGGUGUGCGCGCAUCGGGUGGUGGCGGCGGGCGGCGCGCGCUACGCGGCCUUCCUGAGCGCGGGGCCGGGGCCGCCCGCGUUGGUGGAGGGCGCGUGGGGCGGGCGCGGAAAGCUGCGGGGCUGCUGGGCGCGGCGCGAUCCCCGCGUGCUCCGCGCUUUCCUCGCCGCCUGCGCGCGCCGCCCGUCCGCCGCUCCCGCGCCCGCGCUGCGCCGGGACGUGGCCGCGCUGUGGCGGCGGCGGGCGGCGUGCGCAGAGCCCGCACCGCACCGCGGGAGCCGGAGGCGGCGGAGGGGUUGGACGGUGCCGGGGACGCUGUGGUGCGGGGCCGGGGACUCGGCCGGGAACUCCUCCGAGCUGGGUACGGGUCUGUUCCGCGACCCCGACCGCUGCUGCCGGGAGCACGAUCGGUGCGGGGCGCAGAUCGCGGCGCUGCAGUUCAACUUCGGCAUCCGCAACUACCGCCCGCACACCGUCAGUCACUGCGACUGCGACGCCGCGUUCCGCCGCUGCCUGCGGGCCCUCAACGACACCAUCUCCGACCUCAUCGGAGUCACCUUCUUCGACCUCCUGGAGGUGCCGUGCUUCGUGCUGCGGCGCGCCGAGCAGUGCGUGCGCUGGCACUGGUGGGGCGGCUGCGAGCGGUACGCGGUGGUGCCGAUGGCCACGAUGGUGCGGCAGAGCCCCUACGGCACCGUGGCCCCUGCGGCCGUCGGGAGCUCUGCGUGCGGCGCGCAGCCCGGAGCCGUCGGAGCGGCGGAGCGGUGUGAGGCCGUCCCGGCGAGCGCCGCGGGCGGACGGAGGGGGCUGGGGAGGCUGUGCAGAGCCUACCGGCACUUGGAUCGCUGCGAGCACCGCAUCGCGCCCCGCGAGGCGAAGUACGGGCUGCGGAACGGCGGUGCGCGGACGCUCUUCCACUGCAACUGCACCCGCAGAAUGGUGCGGUCCCUGCGCAGGGCGAGGGGCCCCGGAGGCGUGGAGCCGCCGCUCCUGGCGGAGCGCAUCGCCGCGCGCUGCUUCGUGUUGGAACCGCAGCCCGAGUGCGGAACGGAGCGCCGGAGCGGCGGCUGUGUCACCGAAGCCCGGGCCGUGCUGAUACGCGCACGGCAUCUGAGGACCACUCUGCGGCGCCGCGGUGCUGAACGUCGGGAGUGGGACGCGCAGGAGAGCGGCGGUGACGCUCUGUACGAGCGAUGCCGGCGGGUGGCCCUGGAGCAGGGGAUGGGAGCCCCGCAGCACCCCGCGCCCCGCUGAGCCCCGGCGGCGGGGCUGUACCGUGCGUGGGGAGGAGCUGCGCUGCGGGGCGGAGCUGCUCAAUGUCGGGUCCUUGAGAGAAAGGAUGGCACCGAGAGUGGCUGCUGGCGUGACUGCGUGGGGCAGGAGAGGGGUGGAGGAGGCUCGGCUGCCACCUCCAGGAGCUGCGGCCGCCAUCAAAGCGAAGGGAAAGGAGCGGGGACAGGGAAAAGCGACCGCCUCCCGUCCCGUGGAGGAUGAUGAGGGCGUGGGAGCCCCGGGCAGGACGGUGCCAGGACCCCCACCCCAGGUUCUGGCCCUGCAGCGGGAGGGGUUGGGACGAGCCACGUCCCCCCCGAGCUCUGGAGGUGGGAGCACAGCGCCGUGCCUCGGGAGGGUCAGUGCCCGCGUGUGGCACGAGGCAAAUAAAGGGCAGCGUGACACGGUG